AUUAAAACUUAUAUAAACAAAGGUCCUUUAUUUGCAGCUCUGAUUCGGAGCAAGACACUCCGGCUUACAAGUGUGCAGAGCUUUAUUCAUAUUGUUUACUCAAUAUGGAAGUUUUUAAAAAUCUGAUGAUCUUACAAGUAUUGAAGCAGCAGUGAAUGAAGAUGAUGGUGAACACUAAGGUACUUUUCAGGCUAAAUGAGGAAAUAAUACCUGUCCAGGAAAGGAUGUUCUCCUGAGUCUUCUUCAUGUUUCCGUGAAUCAGCAGUGCCCCAGAAAGUGCUUCCCUUCUUGAAACUCCAGGGAAGUAUUGGAACGAAAAGAACUUGAAGAGGGAGCCUAGCCAAACAGAGAUUUUUGAACUUUGGUAGGCUAGCUGAAGCAGAGUUUUAGCACAAACACAAAUCAAAGUCUGUGUGUUCUUAAAAGCAGCAUUUUCAUAACUAAGAAAUAUCAAGAUUUAAAUCAUAAAUACUUUGGAACACUCAGAAGAACAACAUGGGAGAAACUGAGAAAAUUGAAACCCAUAGAAUAAGAUGUGUUUCCAAGUUGAAGAUGUUUCUGCUGGCAAUAACAUGUGCAUUUAUAUCCAAAACACUAUCUGGAUCUUAUAUGAAUUCCAUGCUCACACAAAUAGAGAGACAAUUCAACAUCCCAACAUCACUAGUUGGAUUUAUUAAUGGGAGUUUUGAGAUUGGAAAUCUUUUUUUGAUUAUAUUUGUGAGUUAUUUUGGAACGAAAUUUCACAGACCUAGAAUGAUUGGUGUCGGAUGUGCUGUUAUGGGCCUUGGGUGUUUCUUACAGUCUCUACCUCAUUUCCUCAUGGACCGAUAUGAAUAUGAAUCUACAGUUGUAGGCAAUUUGUCCUCAAACAGUUUCUUGUGUAAUGAAAAUGGAACCCAGAUUUUCAGACCAACAGAAGAUCCAUCAGCAGAGUGUGUGAAGGAAGUUAAAUCAUUAAUGUGGGUGUAUGUACUAGUAGGAAAUAUGAUACGUGGAAUUGGUGAAACUCCCAUCAUGCCUUUGGGUAUUUCCUACAUAGAAGAUUUUGCCAAAUCUGAAAACUCUCCUUUAUAUAUUGGGUUUGUAGAAACAGGAGCUAUCAUUGGUCCUUUGUUUGGACUUUUGUUAGCGUCAUUCUGUGCAAAUGUUUAUGUCGACAUCGGAUCUGUAAACACAGAUGAGCUGACUAUCACUCCAAUUGAUACUCGUUGGGUUGGUGCAUGGUGGUUUGGCAUUUUGAUUUGUGCAGGAGUGAAUGUGCUCACUGCCAUUCCUUUUUUCUUUUUGCCCAAAACGCUUGCAAAGGAAGGAUCAAAGGAUAAUGCUGACAUCGUCAAAAAUGACAAAGAAGAGAAACAAAAAGAAGUCAAGAAGGAAAAUGAUGGAAUUACUAAAGAUUUUUUACCAUUCAUGAAGAGUCUUUUUUGCAACCCAGUUUACAUGCUUUUUUUGCUAAUAAGUGUGGUACAGUUCAAUGCAUUUAUUAAUAUGAUGUUCUUCAUGCCUAAAUAUGUGGAACAGCAAUAUGGAAAGUCAACUUCAGAAGCAAUCUUUCUAAUUGGUAUUUACAACUUACCUCCAAUAUGCAUUGGAUAUCUUUUCGGCGGAUUAAUGAUGAAAAAGUUCAAAAUUACUGUCAAACAAGCUGCCCACAUAGCAUGUUAUUUAUCUUUCAUUGACUUCCUUCUCUACUUUUCGUGUUUUUUCAUGGUCUGUGAUAAUUCUUCAGUUGCUGGCAUAACCACCGGUUAUAAAGGAAUGCAACAAGAUUUACACAUUGGAAAUGCCAUCCUUGAUGAUUGCAACAUGGAUUGCAACUGUCCAACUAAAACAUGGGACCCCGUGUGUGGAAGCAAUGGUUUGUCAUAUAUGUCAGCUUGUCUUGCUGGUUGUGAGACAUUUGUUGGAACAGGACUGAACAUGGUGUUCCAUAACUGUAGCUGCAUUCAAACCUUAGGAAAUUCAUCUGCAGUUCUUGGGCUGUGCGACAAAGGACAUGACUGUUCCAUGAUGCUCCAGUACUUUUUAAUCCUGUCGUCAAUCAGCAGUUUCAUUUACUCUUUAUCUGCCAUACCUGGAUACAUGGUUCUCCUGAGGUGUAUUAAGCCUGAAGAGAAGUCUCUUGGUGUGGGAUUACAUGCAUUUUCCACAAGAAUAUUUGCUGGAAUCCCUGCACCUAUAUAUUUUGGAGCUUUAAUGGACUCCACAUGUUUACAUUGGGCAACUUUUAAAUGUGGUGAGUCAGGAGCAUGCAGGAUAUAUGAGUCCACUAACUUCAGACACCUCUACCUUGGAUUGCCAGCAGCACUAAGAGGAUUAAGCUAUAUUCCAGCCAUUUUUAUCCUAAUUAUUUUGAGGAAGUAUCGUCUACCUGGUGAAAAUACCACUUCAGGAACUGUGCCUGCAGAGGCAAAGGUUACAGGGAAUGAGGGCCAAGAAAUGGACCAAACUUGCAAAAUUUUGAAUAAUAAUGUAUUGAAUACUAAAAUGUAAUAUCCUAUUAUUCAUGUUUCCCAGAGUUGGAGAACACACUAUAACUUAAUUGUUUGCAAAAAUCAAUAGAGGUACUGCAGGUAACCUUUUCUUGUCUAAGAACCUAAAAAAAGUUUUUUUACUUAAGGUAAAAAGAAAAAAGUUCACUGAUGGUAUUUCUGAGCCAUCAACGGCACUUGAGGUUUUCCUUAGAUGGACAUUUAUAACAACCUUAAGAACUGGAGAUUAGAGCCAGCUUUAUUAUUUAAAAAUAUUUUGUUAAUCUUCGCCCAAGAAUCUAUGUCUAUUAAUUUCUUUAGAUAGGAAGGGAGAGAGAUAGAGAUAGAGAUAGAGAUAGAGAUAGAGAUAGAGAUAGAGAUAGAGGUAGAUAAACAGACAGAUAGAUAGAAACAUCAAAGUGAGAAACAUUGAUCAAUUGCCUCCCUGGGAUUAAACCCACAACCUAGGUGUGUGCCCUGACUGGGAAUCAAACCCACAACCUUUUGGUGUAGUGGCUGAUGCUCCUACCAACUGAGCCACCCAGCCAGGCCUACAGCCAACUUUACAUUUAUGUUAAAACAGCAAUUUCUCUUUUAACUUAUGUACAAUAAGAAUAUAUUUCCUUCAUUGUCUUUUUCAAAUGACUCUAAAAAUUCCCUGUUAUGAAAAUCUACUUAAUUCCAUUGAGUAUCUGCUUUGCUAUUGGGGUUAGAGACUGGAAUUCUCAUCCUGCUAUGUGAAUAUUUAAGUAUUUUAUUCAAAUUUAUUGCUUCCAACUAAAAGAAGCCCAUGUUGUCUUCUUUUAUUUAUAAAUUAUUCUUUAACUCCUCCUAUUUAUUCCAGACAUGACUUUGAAAAUAGUUUACUCAUCAAUGUGCCAUCACAUGCUUUCAACCCAUUCCCUGCUUUAUUAUUCAUGCCAUAUAUUUGCUCAUUUUGUUCAGCAAACUGACAAACUGAAUCAGGUUAUUAAAAAUCAUGUAGUAAAGAUUGUUGGAAUUUUAUUUUCAGCAAUUCAAACCAGGUUACUUUUUCUUAAAAACAAGUGUCUGAGCCAAAGAAUGAAAGGGUCAUAUUAGAAGACACUAGUCCUUAAAGGCUGCUUGUAGUGAAGAUAUUGUCAAAGAAACACUUUGCCAGAUUCAGGAGGCCUCCUUAGACCAAUGUUUAUGCCAUUCACAGCGACCUAAGUUAGUGUACACGCACUAAUUUUCCAUAAACCAUCUUAGAGAAUGAAACCUUUAAAAAGUAGCUUCUCUUAUGAAACUGAACUUAAUAAAAUUCAAGAUGCACAUUUAAAACUAAAUCUACUCUAUAAAACAAACCAACAAAAACUAAACAUACAGUAUUACUUUAUAAUUUAUAGACAUGACACAAGAGCCUUAUGGAUAAUGGAGAUGGGGUUCAAGAGAUUAGAAUGAACAUCCAUGUGUAUCUACUGCUAUAUCUUCCUCCUUAUUCUUCAUCACAUUGAAAUUAGAGUCAAUAUAUAAAAAUGAUAUAAUCCCAAUGGUGAGGAGAAUGUGGAAAAGAAGAACGGAAGAGGGUCUCAAUAUACUAUGGUUACUUAUGUGGAAUAUAAAGGGAAUGGGAGUGUUUCUAGACUGGUAGAAGCUGUAAUCCAGAAUUCACUUAGAAGGCCCCUGAAUGUAGGCAGGAGCCUCUGGUUCAAAGUUUGAAGAUUGUAAGUUGGUAGCUGGACAAAAUAGAGGCCAGUUACUUGAAAGACUGUCUACAGACAUUUUUUUCAGACAAACAUGAUUUCUUGAACAAUUGGAUGUGCCACGAGGAAAAAGCAACUGAGAUGAGAAAGACUGGGUAGAAAAGGUUUGUGGGGAAGAAGUAAGAGUUAAUUUUUGGUCUUGUGAAGUUUGAGACUUCAUCUCUAGCUGUAUUAAAAAUAACCGUGAUUCAAGACAGGGACAGUGUGGAAAUAUGAGAGAGGAGCUAAAACCAUUGGAAAUGAACAGUGGAACUCAGGGUAGGUAUGACUACAGCAAUUAGAUCCAGUUGAGGGUUAGGACCUGAUGACAUUAACUUUGGAGCUGCUUUUUCUGGAGGGAAGGAAGUGGAGAGAAUGGCCUGGAAACUAAAAGAGGGGUAAGAACUUACCACAUGAGAAAAAGUAAACAGGUACCACAUAAAAAGUUUUGGGGGUGAGCAACAUCCCCAGAAGAAACUUGGAUUUGGGUUAGGGUGCAGUGGUGACAAGAAGGUGCAUUUAUGAUUUCGAGAAUAUAAAUAGUUUUGGGAUUCUAAGUACCAGAAGACAAAGUGAAAGACAGAAAAUUUCAGGAAAUGGCAUUUGAGAGGAAAAGGUUGAUAAUUGGAGGUGUCUGGAAAUUAUGCAUGAAAAUUAGAAGGAAGGAAAUGAGAGAUAACUUGGAAUUCUGAAGCUUUUUGGGCGACUGACAUAAUGAGAUCAGUUCUGAUGAAUUUCAAGGUGGAUAGUGUUGGUGAGUGUCAAAAGUCAGAGGGAUCAUCAUUGGGCUCUUUCAUGACCCCGUGUUAUAGAGGCAAACUGGAGAAGCAGAAACUUACUUGAGUAUCAGAGUAUCUUGCAGAGGUCCUCAAACUUUUUAAACAGGGGGCCAGUUCACUGUCCCUCAGACA